AUGGGAAGUAUGGGGAGCUUUGCGCAAAGUCUUGGGGGUUCCCAACCGGCCACGCCGUUAGACAUGUCUGAAUUCCCUAGCCUCUCCAACGCGCCGCAGCAAUCACAAUCUCAGAACCCCGGACAGCUCGUGUGGGCAAACGCAAGCCAACGAGCUGCACAGCACACUCCUGUUCAGAGACAACAGCCUCCUACGUCGCAAACCCCUUCUCGAGCCUCUCAGACGCCAUCACACUCUGCGCAACAACCGUCUCAACCUCCUCAUGACGACAUGUUCCCCUCGGGGAGUCAGUUUGCCAAUCGACUGGACGAUUUCAGGAACGGUGGACAAGGCAUCAGUAGCCAACUAGGGGCAGGGAGUCAACCCCAGCCAGGCAACAUUGAGGAGUUCCCUCCUUUGGGUCGCAAUGUUCCCGCCGAGCUCGGGCAGGACCGCCGAACCUCUCUGAUGCAGAAUGCGGCUUUCGGGAGCUACAAUACCAGUAUCGGAACAUCGCGAUCCCCUGUGCACCAGGGACCUAAUGGCGUGUUGGGGCAGGAGAAAGAAGACUUGACCAACACCCUCAUGUCGGGUCAACGCAACUUCAGCGAUCCGCAACAACAAUUGCAGCAACGGCAGCAACAAUCCACCGAGGGCCAGGAGGUUUCGGGCGGCGCUCAAAGUGCUGAGCAGCCGCCUCUCGCACAGAUGAAUGAACUCGAUCGGUUCGGGCUGGCCGGCCUCCUGCGCAUGAUUCACAGCGAGAGCCCCGAUGUGGCCAGUCUGGCUGUUGGUCAAGAUCUGAUGACACUUGGUUUGGACUUGAACCAGCCCGAGCCUCUGCACACCUCGUUUGCCUCACCGUUCGUAUCCUCCAUGUCCGCUGUACCCCUGGAGCAGGAUUUCUCCCUGCCAUCUUGCUACAAUGUCGCCAACAUCCAGCCCCUCCAAUCUCGAAUCCCCGGUUUCAGCGACGAGACGCUCUUCUACAUCUUCUACAGCAUGCCUCGCGAUAUAAUGCAAGAGCUAGUCGCAGAGGAGUUGAUGGGUCGCAAAUGGCGUUACCACAAGCUGGAGCGCUGCUGGUUGACCCGUGAUGACACAUAUCCGGGUCCGGUCGAUGUGGAGCGUGGUGUGAGUGAGCGCGGCGUAUAUCUCCUUUGGGACCCUGCCAGCUGGAAGAAAGUUCGACGUGAAUUUAUUCUGCGAUACGAAGAUCUGGACAACCGGCUCGACGCCAACCGGAGCAUGGGCCGUCCAGUGGGUCCUACACACACUUCAUGA